AUGUCAGCUCUGUCAACUAAUCCUAACAUCUCAAAACUUGGAGAAUUUCGACAUGAUAACGGACCAGGAGUUUUGCAGAAAAUUGACGACGAAGUGCUGAAUCUGGUGCGCAAGGCGCUGGAGAUCAACGACCUGCUCUUUGUUGUCUUGAUCUAUAAUCUAGUACUGCCCAAUCCUACUCCUAGCCGAUUAUACGAGCCUCACCCAGUGGCACAUAGCUUGCAGUGGCUCCGCAAAAUUCUUGCCAUUUCGAAACUAAGUGAUAAGACCCGCUCGUUCCUGUCUGUCCUUCUGAAGGAGAUCUAUCAAGAUUGGAUACAGACUAACCGUGAGGAAACCCGGAAGCUCGAAGAUCUGCUCACGACCUUCCUGAACCUAGACAGUCUAGAUCUCCAAAGAGCUCUCGGAAAGGCUUCUGGUACUCUCAGCCAGACAUUCUUUCUAUACCUAGACGGGGAAGUGAAACAUCAAUGCCUGCCUUCGACAGGCAUUGAAGAUGCGUCGUGGACGACUACCAUACCGGGCUCUCCACGCCAGACUUCGCAUAUGGAGCAGCUAGACGUCGCACCAGACACUCCAAGAUCGAGAUCCAUACUGAAGCUUCUCCACGGAUCUCGGGAAGCUUUAUCAAGCAGAGAUCUGCCUGACGGUCUCGGUUUGUGGAUCAAUCAAGAUUUACACGAAUCCGAAGCCAGAUCGCUUAUUGUGGAUGUCACAUCACAGCUUAAGAAACACAACAAACUUGAAGUCAGGGUUGGAGCGACCAGCGCUGCUUGGGGCAUCAACUCGCACUUCGCCGUCACCAUCGAACGUUGGAUCGUUUGGAGUAGGUUGGAAAUCGUGGGAGGAUGCAAGACGAUCUCGAGCGAAAAAGUCCUAGACUCUAUCAUCUCGCGCAUGGCUUCAAGUUGUGACGCGGCUAUCGAUGUCAUUGACACACCUUUGGUGAUAAGGAUUGAUCUUUUCGAGCCAUUUUCGAAGUCGAGGAUCUUUGACAUACCUGUCCGCGGCGAAGAUUGCUCGCACUACGAUGCUUUCGAUCUGGACGUUUUUCUCGAAACUCGAUCAGAGACGUGCCUAACAGGUCGUCUGACGCGAAAUGACUGGCGCUGCCCGAUCUGUUUCUCGGAUUGUACGCCUGGGAAGCUAGUCAAAGAUGAAUUUCUCGUCAAAGUUCGAGAGCACCUUGAAGCAACGGGGCAGUUGAACACCCGCUCUAUCAUUGUCGAUCAUGCCGGCAACUGGCAGCGGGUUGUGGAUAAUGCUGUCGACGCAAUAGAUUUAGAUGUCGAGACAUAG